AUGCUAGAUGUCGGAAAUCUCGAAGAGAUCAGAGGUCCGGCGAUGUUCAAGGAAGCCGACACCUCGGGUCCGUCUCCGGAGCUGGAUGCUGCAUGGGACAAGCUCAUCGAUGAGCGUCACUUCAUGCUCAUACCUGACGAAGACUUUCCCAAGUCCGAGUUCAGGACCAGAGAACCGCUAAGAGCUUCUACUUCUACCCAGAACGGCACUCUCGGCGUCUUCGAAUACGUCCACGCCUUGCACUGCGUUCACCUUAUGUGGAAGCAAACAUACCCCGACUACUACAAGGAGGAUCACAUGAAGAUGAAGAACGACCCAAAGUGGCAACACGCACACAUCAACCACUGCGCGGACUUCUUGAAGCAGUACAUCCUCUGCAACGCCAACCUCGCGUUCAACACGUACUCGUUCAACGAGACCCGCGGAGGCGCCGACGUGGAUAUCGUGUCAUCGCACACGUGCAUCGACUUGGAUGCCGCGGACGACUACGCCAACCGACACUACGUCAACAGGUCUGAGCUGGCCAUCGCUACCGGCAAGGACAUCACUGCCGAUGUAUUCUGA